AUGCCAUCCUAUCUCGUUACAGGUGCGAGUAGAGGUAUUGGCCUCUCCCUCGUUGUGGAACUGUUGCGGAAUCCCACGAAUUAUGUCAUUGCCACAGCUCGCAAUCCAGCUGGCUCGCAAGGACUGCAAGAUUUGUUCAGGGAAUAUCCUCCAGAUCGCCUGUCACUCGUCGCGAUGGAGGUUUCCGACAAGGCCAGCGUAGACUCUGCGACGAAAGCGGUGGAAGAGCUGGUUCGAGCUCACAGCGGAGGGCUCGAUUGCGUCAUCAACAAUGCGGCGAUCGCGCUACAGGCCUAUCGUGGUUUCGAGGAUCUCGAUUUGGACUUGGCGGAAGAAGAGUUUCGGGUUAACACCCUUGGCCCAUUGCGAGUUACUCGAGCAUUCCUACCCCUUAUCCGCAAGGGCCAGGAAAAGAAGGUCGUCUUGGUGACGUCCGAUCAGGCAUCUCUAGAGCUCGCACCAGGGCUCCACGGCAUUCUGGCAUCGUACGCACUCACAAAAGCCGCAAUGAAUAUGAUGGGAAGAAAAUGGGGAGUUUCGCUCCGCGCGGAGGGUAUAACUGUUCUUCUGCUGCAUCCAGGCUGGGUUGAAACGGACAUGGGAAGCCCGCUUGACAAGUGGAUCUACGAGAACGCCCCAAGUCUCGAGUUAAUUGCUACAAAUACAUCUGCCGCUGGAUGCGUGCGCGUGAUCAGGGAUGCCCGGCUCGAGGACACGAGUGUGUGGACCAGUGUUGACACGUAUGAUUGUCCAUAUCCUUCCCGGACUGUCUGGCAGCUGCAAGACCCACAGAACUUUGUCAUAGCCACAGCGCGCAAUCUAUCCAAGGCACGAGCUCUGCAAGAGUUGGAGGGACGAUAUGCGCCAAAUCGACUCGCACUCGCAGCCCUAGAAGUGACGGAUAAAGCGAGUGUUGACCACGCAGUUGGGAAAGCAGAAGAGCUGCUGCGCCCUCAUGGAAGCGGACUGGACUGCCUUAUAAACAACGCUGGCGUCUCGUUACAAGAGAAUGAUAGAUUCGAAGAUAUAGACCUGGACCAGCUAGUCGAAGAGUUCCGUGUCAACACCGUCUCUCCCUUGCGUGUCUCCCGCGCCUUCCUCCCUCUAAUCAGGAGGGGUCAAGAUAAGAAAAUCGCGUUCAUGUCGUCUCGGCAAGCGUCAAUUGAGCUCGCGCCGGGCUUUUCUGGAGUGGCAGAACCAUAUGGGGUCACCAAAGCCGCUUUGAAUAUGAUCGGUAGAAAAUGGGGCGCAUCUCUCCGCGCAGAGGGUAUCACAGCGGUACUACUUCACCCCGAGCCCGGACUGACUCGUUCUUCGUUAGGAUGGGUGGAUACAGACAUGGGCGAAACUACAGAGGCAUGGAUGCGGGUGCAUAUGCCAGGACUGAAGAGGCUACCUGUGGGAGUAUCUGCAGAAGGAUGCAUUCGUAUUAUCAAGGAAGCCCGACUCGAAGAUGCAGUGCAAUUUCUCGGGAUUGAUGGAAAACCACUCCCCUGGUGA